UGUUGUGGCAACAGCGGCGGUGGCAGCAGUGGUGCUGACAUUGGGACAGUGGUGUCAGGAUAGUGGUGGCAGCAAGAGCUGUGAGACUGGCAAAGGGCAAGGCACCAUGGCCCUUGUUCUGCACCUCUGCCUCCUGCUCCUCCUGGCCGUGGCCCUGCCUGCCAGGGCUGCCCAGGCUUCUCCACCACAAGCGCCAGGAGCAGAUUUGGAUCGCAACUUGAAUUAUUUGCAAGUGCUGGUGAAUGACACUUUAAAGAUCAUGGAGAAUGCUGGAGCUGAACCUGUUGGUGAAGGUGGUGCCGCUUCCCAACCCAUACCCAUUACUGAGCCUCUGGGAGAUGGUGUGUCUGCAGGGAGGACUUUUCAGGCUCCUUUGCUAGUUAAUGCACGCAAGCCCAGCUCCCAUCACAGGGAAAUGGAAGGAGAGGCUGUGCUAACGGCUGAAUUUCCCAGAGGAAGCAGUGGCUCAUUGGCAGCCUCUGCUGCAGGAAGGGAGGCGAUGCCAGGCACAGUCACAGGAGAUGAGGUUUAUGGGAAGGCAUCUCCUUUAGCUUGGCUGAAUAAAGUUCUGAAGCCCUUGGAGCCUCCUGCAGAUGUGUCUGCAGGGCGGAUUUUUCCUGUUCCUUUGCUGAUUGCUCCACACAAGCCCGGUUCCCAUCACAGGGGUCCUCCGAGAGGGAAGAACAAAGGCACAGGAAAGAAGAAAUUCCGUGAGCCAAACAACAGCCUGAAACAAAUCGUGAUGGAGCUGCACAAAGGGCAUGGGAUAGACAGAGAGGCUCUAUGGAAGGCAGCAUUUCCUAAAGGAAGGGAGGCGAUGCCAGGCACAGUCACAGGAGUUUGGCAUCACGAGUUGGAAAUGCUGGUGAAUGGUGGUUUGAAGACCUUACCAGAGGCUGGAGCUGAACCUGUUGGAAAAAGUGAUCUGGCUUCCCAACCCACUUUCAGGAUUGAGCCUCUGGGAGAUGGUGAGGUGACAGACCGAAAGGCAGGACAGAAGGAGGUGUUUCCCAAAAAAAGCAGUGGCCCGUUGGCAGCCCCUGCUGCAGAAAGGAAGGCGAUGACAUGCACGGGCACAGGUACAGGAGAUGCAGCCAGCACCACAACACCUGUUCCAGAUUCCCAGAAGGGCAUCGGAAGGGGUUUCUGUAAGGGAACAGGCUGCUGGCUAGGGUUAAUAGCAGGCAUGCUUCUUAUGGAUGUGGUCUUUAUUUUAUGCUGUGUUGGAAUUCGGAAUUACUGGAAGAGAAAAUGUCGCACCUCUGGACAGGAGAUGAACGAUGGUGGCUGCACCUCACACCCAGACAGCCUGAGCAGCCCCUCCAGCAAUAAUAAGGGCCUGGUCAGCCCUUUCAAGAGUUCUGACAAGAGGACCCCAGAACAUCUGUCUACGAGGAAACCUCCUAUGACAAUGUAGAUCACACUGACACUUCCUCUUGAUUUAUUAAAGAAAUAUCAAAUAUCGGUAUUAAAGAAUAUCGAUCUAACACAGAUAUCCAACUGUGACGGA